UUCACCGGAGGAGGAAGGUAAACCACCGACACUGACUCUCAUGGAGAAAUCCAGAAACUUUCGGAUCGACGCGCUUCUCGCGGUCGACUCGCCCCGGGCGCAGACCUCACCGCUGGCCCUGGUCACCUCUCUGUCCUCCUCCUCCCUCUCCUCCUGCUCCGAGGGACUCACCUCCUCCUCAGCCGCCGAGCACAACACCGGCGCUCCCGACUCGUUACGCACCGAGACGCCAUCCCCGCCGAGGGUUUCCGCCAGCGGGUUGAUCCCGAAGCCCGGGUACCUGAGCGCUCCUCACGCGAUGCUUGGAUUACACCCGCAGAGCUCCGGCCUGCCGCCCCAGGCGCUGUACGGACACCCCAUGUACAGCUACUCCGCUGCCGCCGCGGCGCUGGGGCAGCACCCGGCCCUCUCCUACCCCUACCCGCACCCGCACUCCCACCCGCACCACCCGCACCACCACAGCGACUCCAUCAAACUCACCGCAAGCACCUUCCAGCUGGACCACUGGCUCCGUGUCUCCACCGCGGGCAUGAUGAUGCCCAAGAUGUCCGACUUCAACUCUCAGACGCAGUCCAACCUGCUGGGGAAGUGCAGACGUCCCAGAACGGCGUUCACCAGCCAGCAGCUCCUGGAGCUCGAGCACCAGUUCAAACUCAACAAGUACCUCUCACGACCCAAACGCUUCGAGGUGGCCACGUCCUUGAUGCUGACGGAAACACAGGUCAAGAUCUGGUUCCAGAACCGCCGCAUGAAGUGGAAGAGGAGCAAGAAGGCGAAGGAGCAGGCAGCGCAGGACGCCGACAAGAAGGGCUCCAAACACAGCGGCGCGGAGAAAACGGACUCCAAGAACGGACGCAUCAGGGAUUUCAGGGACAGUGCUGAGGACGACGACGAUGAUGAAGGAGGAGGAGGAGGCGAUGGCGGAGGAGGAGGAGGAGGAGGAGCAAGAGGGACAUUCUUGUACAACUCGUCGGAUUGCUCUUCGGACGACGAGAGUAAUCACACGAGCGACUCGAGACUCCAGCCGUGAACCCGGACCCCCCCCCCCCCCCCCCCCCAAACCCCUAAAAGCUAAAACUGUAGAAACGUUUUUACACCGGAUGCAAUUGCAUGUAACCCGCUGCCUCUGUAAUCCUCUGGAGUAGAGGCCUCUUUGUGUUUGAUGGGACAGUUCGAGGUCGAGGUCGAGGUAGAGGUGGAAGGUUGGAUCUCCACUCCGAGCGCGACCCCGUGCACGGACAGCCGGUUUAAGUUCUGCAAUGUUCACAUAUCAAAUACGGCUUCUCUAAUGUCACCGCAUGGUUAUAACUGGGUAUACUUUGGUUGUAAUGGUUAAGAGGUUAAUAAUCAUCAAUAAUAAUCGAUAUUCAUCCUGUCCGUCUGAUGUUUUAAGAUGUUUCACUUGGAUAAUUGUAAAAUAACGGUAACCUUUAUUUUUGUAUUCUGUAUUUAUAAAAGCUAUACGAGUGCAUGCUAAAUUAUUCUUUGGCGUCUUUGUGGUGCAGACCAAGGGAAAUAAAAUGUUUUAU